AUGGAACCUGUGAUUACAGUGAGGAAGAUUCUUCAAGACAAGCUUGUGGAAUGCUCUAUGAAGGGGAAUUUGCACAGGGUAAAGAUGAUCCAACUUGCAGAAGCCAAGAUCAAAGGCACCAUUCUCACCAAAAUGUCAAUAGGGGAGAUGGGGAUAGUUCACCACUCGAUCACUCUGUUCCGAGAGAGUUUGGUGAGGAAGGCAGAGGUGAUGGGUGCAUGGAGAUUGAGAGACACUGAGGAUUAUUCUUCCUUGGUGCAUUUGGAUUCUACAAAAACCCCAUUCAAGAUAAUGAAUAUCCUGAUUUGGAAUUGUAGGGGUGCUAUGAAACCCCAAUUCAGAAAGAUAGUGAUGGACUUGGUGGAGUGGCAUGCUCCAAUGCUAAUGGUGAUCACAGAGACUAGAAUGAGUGGUGCUAGGGCUGUGGAGAUGAUUGAGUCUCUGCCUUUUGAUGGCUCGGUGGUAGUAGAUACUAUUGGCUUUGCUGGGGGCAUUUGGCUACUUUGGAGGACUGACUUGGUACAUGUGGAGGUCCUGGCUUCAACUGAACAGGAGAUCCAUGCCAUUAUUUGGGUAAGAUCUCAAUCUCUUAGUUGGAUUAUUAGUGCCAUUUAUGCUAGUCCUAAGUUUAUAGAAAGAUGCAUGUUAUGGGAAAAUCUUAAAUUGAUAGCCACUUUGCAUGAUCUCCCUUGGGCUCUUAUGGGAGACUUUAAUGAGGUUAUUAUUGAAGGAGAAAAGGCUGGGGGUAAUCCUAUCUUCCAAAGAAGAGUGAGAGCUAUUCUAGAUUGUAUUAAUGAGUGUCAAAUGAUGGAUUUGGGGUUCUCAGGGCCUAAAUUUACUUGGACUUAUAAGAGAGAAUUGGGGGGUCUCAUCCAAUGUAGACUUGAUAGAGUUUGGGCUAACCCUGACUGGAAAUCUUAUUUCCCUGAAGCAAAUGUUACUCAUCUGUCUAGAGUUAACUCUGACCACUACCCUCUCUUGCUUAAUCUGUGCCCUAAUCUGACUAAUACCUCCAAUCGUCCCUUUAGAUUCCAACCUAUGUGGUUGAGUCACAAUGACUUUCCAGCCAUUUUCAGGCAAUCUUGGGCUGGUAUGGAAGAUAAUCUAGUUGGAGCUAUCACUAGAUUCACUCACAAGGCCCAAACUUGGAAUAAAGAAAUUUUUGGAAAUAUAUUUGCGAGGAAGAGACAGAUCAUGGCAAGGUUGCUGGGUGCCCAGAGAGCUAUUGCUAAUAAUCCUAAUAGCUUCCUAAUCAAUCUCCAAGAGCAAUUAUCUGGAGAAUACAAUGAGAUUUUACAGCUUGAAGAGGAACUGUGGGCAAUGAAAUCUAGACAAUUCCAAGAAGUUUUUACCAACAGUUUUGUAAAGCUAUACCAGACUAACCAAACUGCUUGCCCUUUGGUCCAAAGAUGGGAUUCAGAGUGGUGCAUGAGGCUAGAGGUAGAUGAAGCCAAUUCUGUGGGUUUGAUGCCUUUUGAUAAAGAAAUUUGGGAUGCCCUCAGAUCCAUGAAGCCAUACAAAGCCCUGGGAAGUGAUGGGAUGCAUGCUGGUUUUUAUCAGAGGUUCUGGCUUGUGGCUAAGGAUUCAGUGCGAAGUGAAGUGAAGCAAAUUUUUGCAAACCAAAAAAUCCCUGAUUACCUCAACCAAACUCUUAUUGCUUUGAUCCCUAAGCAAUUGGGACUUGAAACAGUUAGCCAAUACAGACCUAUAAGCUUAUGUAACACUAUCUAUAAAAUUGUCUCUAAAAUCCUUGUUCAAAGAAUUAGACCCCUGCUGCCUAGACUUAUUUCUCCUAUGCAAGCUGCUUUUCUAGAAGGGAGAAGAGGAGCAGAUAAUGUUAUUAUUGCUCAAGAACUUAUUUACUCCCUUGGGAAAAGGAGAGGUAAAGAUGGGUAUAUGGUGGUGAAGAUAGACUUGGAGAAAGCCUAUGAUUGUUUAGAGUGGAGUUUCAUUAGGAUGGUGCUCAUUCACUUUGGGUUUCCUGUGAACAUUAUUAAGCUAAUCCUAAGCUGUGUGUCUACAACAUCAACAUCCCUUCUCUUCAAUGGAAGCAAACUCAACCCUUUUGUCCAUCAAGAGGAAUUAGACAAGGUGAUCCCAUUUCACCCUAUCUAUUCCUUUUAUGCAUGGAAUUUCUUGGGGCUCAAAUAA